AUGUCUGUGGAUUCUUUGGUAUGCGUCCACACCAAGGAAGAAGGAUCGAGAGUUGGGUUCCCUGAGUUUAAGCGGAGUCGUAUAGACGAGGUGUGCUCAGCUACUGACGAUGUAGGUGAUGAUGCUCCAUCGAGGUACAAGUUGGCGAUCAGGCGGAAACCGAAGCAGGAGCAUUGGUGGGAUUUUGGGAUGGUGUUCUCUUCGAUAAGUACUGAAGAAGUGACGGUGGAUCUGAUGAAUAUCGAGGAGUGUCUAAUCGAUAGAAGGGUCGCGACCUUGCACGAAAGCAUGGGUAUAGGUAUGAGUUUCGCAUUGCCGCUAUGGUGGACGCGGCGGCCAUCCGACAUACGGCGGUCGUGGACGCGGUCGCUUCCCCAGCCGCGGACGUGGAUCCCGAUCAAGCGGCAGUGGUCGCUCACCUAA